AAACGAAUUUUCAUUCGCAGUCUUUCGCGACAACUAAAUCUGAACGCAGCUCGUGAACGUUUUCGUUUUUAAAUAUUAAGUUCAGUGUGAAUUGUUUGUGGUUAUUUCAUUAAUUAUAAAAAGGUAUAAAACUUAUUAAUUUAAUUCUAACAGUUUCAAGUUUAUUCGUGAAUUAAUUCGGUGCAGCGGAAUUAAAUUUUCUGGAAUCGUUUUCUUUCAUUAGUGCAAUCAGAAAAAGAUGCCGCCUCAAGGGCAACAAAACGCAGAAUCCUGGGCGCUGUUCGAAGCAGACGCUAAAGCUGCCGAUCCGAUAAUAGUUCCACCGUCCGCUGAGAAGAGGAAAUGGGAGAUAGUAUGGAGGAAUGUCAUACUCUUUGCUCUUUUGCAUUUGACCGGACUGUACGGUGCUUAUCUCUUCUUCUUUAAAGCGAUGUGGUCAACAAGUCUAUUUGCAUUUAUUUUGUACAUUUGCUCUGGGCUUGGUAUUACGGCAGGGGCGCACCGGCUAUGGGCCCACAAAUCCUACAAGGCCAAACUGCCACUGCGGGUGAUGCUUACACUCUUCAAUACAAUAGCUUUCCAGGAUUCCGUGCUGGACUGGGCCCGUGACCAUAGGAUGCAUCACAAGUAUUCGGAAACCGACGCCGACCCUCACAACGCGACUCGUGGCUUUUUCUUCUCCCACGUCGGCUGGCUGCUUGUGAAGAAACAUCCCCAGAUAAAGGCCAAAGGCAAGACGCUUGAAAUGAAUGACCUUUGGGCUGAUCCCGUACUACGUUUCCAGAAGAAGUACUACCUACUGAUAAUGCCUUUAUGUUGUUUCAUUCUGCCCACCUACAUCCCUACACUUUGGGGCGAAUCUUUGUGGAAUGCGUUUUAUGUCUGCGCUGUAUUCCGCUACGUAUAUGUUCUCAACGUGACUUGGUUGGUCAAUUCCUGGGCCCACUUGUGGGGCUCCAAACCUUACGACAGGCACAUAAAUCCCGUCGAAACUAAACCAGUUUCCUUGGUCGUGCUCGGAGAAGGCUUCCAUAAUUAUCAUCACACAUUCCCCUGGGAUUACAAAACUGCAGAAUUGGGAGAUUACUCUCUUAACUUUACCAAAAUGUUUAUAGACAGUAUGGCCAAGAUCGGUUUGGCUUACGACUUGAAAACUGUAUCAACUGAGAUUAUCGAGAAGAGAGUAAAGAGGACUGGUGACGGAAGCCAUAGUGUAUGGGGCUGGGAUGACAAAGACGUUAACGCAGAAGAGAAGAAAGUUGCUCAGAUAAUAAAUCCCAAAGAAGAAUGAAAGGAACACGUUAACAAUUGAAUGUUCUAUGCUAAGCUGUAUAAGUCACAAUAGAAUUAGAUUAACUGAGUCGAAUGUGACAGAUUUGUGAUAAUUUCAAUAAGUCUGCUAUGUCAUGUAAUCUUUGUUUUUUUUUGUAAGUCCGAUUAGAAUAUAUAUAACGGAGAUUUUAACAUCUUCGUGAAGCAAUACAGAUGACAAUCAUAAAUAUAGCUUACCUACAUAUUUUCUAUUUUUAUACUUUGAAAUAUAAAAAUAUAAAUGUAUUUGUAGAUUUCGGGUAAAUGUGCUAAAAAUACGAGACAUUUUUGGCUUCAUUGGCUAAGGUUGCAAUGGCUUUGUAAUUGCAUUGCUCAAUAUAAACAUAAGUGUAUGAGUUACGAAGUCAAGUAGGUUUUAGGUAGAUUAUUAUUUAUUAUCCUGGAUAACCAAAUAUAAAAUAAACUAUUGUAUCAAAUUAAAAUUAAGAUAGUUAAUGGUAACGUUUGUCGUAAUAAUACUGUUUUGUAAUAUUUAUUAUUUAUACAUAAACGAAGCUAAUUAAAUGGUGUUUUAUAUUCUA